AUGCGUUGGGACAUUGUAACAUUCUCGUUAGGCUAUGGAAUUGAUUCGCAUUCUAUAGAUUCAGACAUUCAACACUUUCAAAAUAUAAAUUUCCCUGAUUGCCAAGAAGAAAUUCUAGUUGUGAACGACGCUUCAGAAGAUGUGGGAUCCGGUGGAAGCGCUCUGAAUGCACUGAUUAGAACUGCCGAACGUCUGUGCUAUCGGAAUAAGUUUACAGUGUUGACUGAAGCCGUUUUGCAAGAUGUAAAUGUGCUGAUUGUACUUGUGAGCGAUCCACGUGCAAUUCUGAAUUCCGACGGUUUUUCUAGCGGUGGAAAUGGGUAUAUCUUUAACACAUAUCUAUCGAAUUCAAUUAAAAAUGCUGCAAAAAUAGCAGAGAAAGCUCGACAAAAAGGUGUAUGGAUAAUUGGAAGUGAUGCGAGCUGGGAUCUGGUGCCUGAGGUGAUGUUCGAUCUUCCAGAAGAUUCAAUAAGUGGAUUUAGCUUUGCUGGAGAAAAAUCAGUGUUUAGUGAGCAUGGAUGGUGUAGAACUGAUAAGAAUGGGAAGCUGGUUGGGAUGGAAUUUGAUGGAGAAGUCUCAGGAACUUCUCAGUUUUUGGAAAAAUCGGUGAUUUUGGGAUUCAUCUAUCUACCUCCACAAAUUGCUACGUCAUUUUUGAGCCUUUAUUCUGAAUAUCCAGUUGCAGCAACCACCUAUCUAGGGAUUGAUUCUAAUGUGACACCGUUGAAAUUAUCAAUUUUCUUCGACUUCAUGCUUGCCACGUGUACCAGCGAGCCAGAAUUCGUUUCCAAUCAGUUGGGUGUCCGUGGGAAAGUUUCAGAAAAUAUCAAAGAUCGAACGAAAGCCAGAAAACAGAUUUAUAAGAAACUAAGAAGUUAUAAAGGAAGAGUCGGUGGGUUGAAAUCAGGAAACAUCUCUAAAAAUUUGCUCAGAAAAGUUCUAGAAGUUCUCGACAUCACCAAUUUUAAGUACAAGGAAUUCCCGGAGAGCCCUCAGAGCUAUACAAGCCUUAUAGAUGAGAUGCAUGAGAGCCUUGAAUCAAGAACGGAUUCAGAUGUGGAACGAUGUCUCAGAAGUAUCUUAAGCCUUCAGGGGGUUGAUUCUAUCGUUGGAAUCUUUAGUUUCCUUCGGGAACAAAUUCUAAAAUUUGAUGAAAAAAAUCAACUCCAAAUAAUUUUCACGGCUUCCCUGGCGCUUUCUCUGGCUUCUAAUGGAAAAGGUGGUUUGCGAAAUGGUCCAGCAAAAAAUGCAGUUUUCGAAAAUCUGAGUCUAAAUGAGAUUUUCGAUGAGAUUCUGAAGAAUUGGCUAUCAGAUCCGAGUAAGAUGAUUCGAGCGGCUAGGCAUUUAGAGACUGCUGGACAGAAAGUUAUUCAUCGAAUGGUGGAUGAUUUGUGUAGCUCGAGAACAAUAAAGCUGGAAAAAUCCAAUAACCCAAAACUGCUUUCUGCCUUGGUUACUGCUCCAGUUCGAAUCGAUUUCUUUGGAGGCUGGCUGGAUACACCGCCCAUAUUUUUUGGCUUCUCUGAAAAUGCCGCAGUAGUUAAUAUGGCUGUACAGUUGGAUGGAAAAAACCCCAUACGCUGCCACAUCACCAAAAGCACCUCUCCUGUUAUCGAACUCUGUCAGGAUGGCUCUACAAUUCUAAUCGAAUCCGACAAGGAUCUUCUCCAUAUGCACGAUAAGCCUUCUGAAACUGGAGCUCUUGUCUCUGCAUGCAUCGUUUCUCUGGGCUUCCACUCUCUCGCUGAGUUUUUUGAAAUCUUGCAAUGCACUGGACUUCGGAUAGAAACAAGGUCAGAAUUGCCACAUGGAUCUGGUUUGGGCACUUCUUCGAUUCUAGCGUGCACAAUUUUGAAAGCGAUUUGUGCAUUGGGGAAAGUUUCAGAGGAGCAGUUUUCGCUGGAAGAUCAAAUUGUGCAUACGGUACUUCGAGUCGAGCAAAUCAUGACUACCGGAGGCGGAUGGCAAGAUCAAUGCGGAGCAAUGUACGGGGGACUCAAAAAGUGUUUCUAUCAAGAAGGAAAUGGGAUUCGUCACCAGACAAUUCAUCUGAAUCCUGCUAUCAAAAAUCUUCUAGAAGAACGUCUUCUUCUUGUUUAUACCGGAAAGACUCGUCUAGCCAAAAAUCUUCUACAGGAAGUGAUUCGAAAUUUUUUUACAUGCAUCGACACAAAAAGGAAGUUACGAGAUAUGGCGGAAACUGUGGAUGACUUUAGUGAACGGAUUGAGAAAGGAUAUGUGUCAGUGGAGUUAUUGAGGAAGUAUCAUGAGACGAAAAAGUUUAUGACCAGAUUUGAACCGGCGAUUGUCACAGAGCUCUUGGAGACGUUACAGAGAAAAUCCAUGAUCGACGUUGGCUGGGCUGCUGGAGCCGGUGGCGGAGGCUUCCUGUACUUAUGGCUCUGUGAUCAAUAUUCUCCAGAAUAUGUCAAAAAUUUCCUAAAAUCCCAACCCCAAUUUUCUAGUAUGACUUGUCAUCGAAUAACGAUUCCACUGGUACCGCCUGUCACUUUGGAACUAAAUUGA